CCGUGUGUUGUUCUCCCGGCCGCGCUUCGCUGCCGGCCGUGCGGGGACACGCGCGCACUCUCGGCACCAUGAGCAAGCUGGUGCUGCAGCAAGAGCGGCAGGAGGCCGCUGCCCUAGAGCGGCGGCGGCAGCUGGAGCUGCAGCGGCAGAGCCGCAUCUUCAACGCUCGAGUCCGGACCAUAGGGGUUGAUAAAGAUGCACUGGAUACCCAGGUUAAGGAGAGGAAAAUUCAAGAAGCAGCUGAAAAAGCACGAAAUGAAGAACUUGCUAAUGAAAUGAAGCAAAAUUACAAGAUCAUGUGUAUGUUAGAAAAACGACAUAAAAAUGAUAUCAGAAACAUAAAUAAGGCUGUCAGUGAGUUUCAGAAGAAUUUGCAGAAGCCAGAAACGAGGCGUGAAUUUGACCUGAAUGAUCCGCAAGCCCUAAAGAAGGACAGACCUGCUCGAGUUUCAGACGAUGAUCCUCGAUGUACUGUAUCUGGCUUGCAGAAGUUUUUGGGUGAAGAUUUAAACUAUGAUCAGAGGAUGAAAUUUCAAAAGGAGCAGUUAAGAGAGUGGUCUCUUCAGCAACAGAAAGACUUAAAGAAUGCAUUAGCUGAUCAAAAAUUUGCAGAUGAUCUUCAUGACAAAUACAGGAUUGCACUUGAUCAAAAGACUAUGGAGCAACAACAGAAAGAAGAAGAAAACAGGCGUGCUGUUUGUGCAGCUACUAAAGAUUUCAACAGAAGCCAGGCUGCUGAACUAGCUGAGAAAAAGAAGUUGGAAAAGUAUCAAAAAAUGAAAGAUGACAUGAAUGAAAUUUCCAGCCUCCUUCAAGGAGACCUACUUUCUGAAAAUCCUGACCAAGCAAUCAGUUCCUUUGGCACACAUCGUGUGAUCACAGAUCGAUGGAAGGGAAUGAAUCAGGAUCAGCUGAGGGCAAUCCGUGAUACUCAACAGCAACAAGUUCUGGAGAAACUGAGACGAAACCAGGAGGAACGCCGAGUUGAUGCUGAAUGGGACAGGCAAAGAAUACACACUGCAAGAGCGCAGCUGAUUUUAGAGCGGCAUCUACAACGACAGAAUCGGGAACGGCGCCGAGCUUUAGAUAACAUGAAUGCAGACAUGUCUCAGGAGCAGAAAUCAAAGAACAUUUAUCUUAAAGAAGAAGAAUAUUCAAAUUAUCCAACAGACGAGUAUUUCGCACAGUUUAAUACAACUAGCCGAUGACAUUCUGGGUAAAUCAACCUGAAAUAUAGAGAAGUAUGUAGACGUAUUAAAACUGUUAUUUGAGCAAUCCCAUGUUUUUUUAUUUUUAACUGUUUCCUACCCUGUGCAAACAGUGCACUCAAAUUAAAGGAGAGUCUGCUAGGCCACAUGUGUUCUAAGAAGAGGAAAACACUCCUAAUUUUUAAACUUGACUGCUUUUCUAACGAAGUGCUAAUAGUUCAGUAGUAGGUUGUUUGACUGUUGUGUCUCAGGCUUAACUGUGAGGUUUACAUUAUCCAUGCCUUUGGAAAUCCAUUUCUGUAAAGGAAUCCCAGUUUAAAAUGUGAUGCUACUUUAUGCACUUGGGCAGAGGGGAAUGCUGCCUGACAUGGAUCACAAGUGGUGCACACUUAGCAGAUUCUAUGGGAGGGAAGAAAGAUGACCUAGGCAGAAAGUUUUGGGGUUGUUUGCUUGGGGGCUUUUUGUUUUGAUUUUCUUUUUAGGUUUUGGUGUUGGUUUUUUUUUUUGUUUGUUUUUGGUUGGUUGGUUCAUUUGGUUUGGGUUUUGGAUAUGUUUGGGGUUUUUUUAAGUAAAAAAAUAUCCAGCCAGACACAAAAGCAAGCAAAGAGAAAGAAAUGGAGAAGUUGGUCAAAAUUACUGCUUUUAUUUCCUGAAUAUUAGGAGUAAGAAGAGAAGAUUUUGACAAUUACCCUGGUGGUUAUAGCAGGGGCAUGACACAGAAAUGGAAUGUGGGUAAUAGUAAGUAGGGAAAAGAAUGAGGGAAAGUAUUGCUGCAUACACUGCCACUCAUUAGAAAUAACAGAGAAUAUUUAAGGGCAGUGUGCCUCCGAGGGAAAGUGUAGGAAGAGUUUACAGAUGUGAUGGAAGGUGGACAGAAAAGGAAUCAGGCAUGCACCAAACAAAAUCAAGGAGAAAAAUCUCGGCUUGUGCACAGUACUUCAGGGAAAGAGUUUCCUUCCUAGCUUCAUGGUUACAGAAUUUAUUUAGCAAUGGAAGAGGCAGUCAAUGGUAUUUGAAAAAUGAGCAAAUAAAGCCCAUGGGAAGAAAAUAUGGAGAAUCAAUGUAAGAAACUAACUGCACAAGAGAAAUGGAUGAUGGAGAUAACGAAAAAAUGAAAUCCAGAAAGGAAAGCGAUGACGUACAGGUGACUGGAAAAAAGAUUAGAAGACUUAGUGAUCUAAAACAGGAAAAAGAAUGAGAGAGAGAUGAGAGAUUCAGCUAAACAUCCAGAACCUCUAGGACUGUCAACCCUUAAUAAAAAUAGAGAGGCCAUAUAUGAGAAUAAAUCUUAAAGUAAGUCUGUGUAGCUUUCCAGAAUCUGGAAUGUAAACUUGGGGUAAAAACAUCCUGUUGACAUUGGCAUACAGUCUGCUGGCUUUUCUUUGCAUCAGGAUAAGUGGUAACAAUUCUGGUGAAACAGGUUGAAGAUGACUAUGCCAAGCUAAGUAGAAAAGGCAUUUAAAAAAACAGAGGCUGAGGUAAACUCUAAUGAGUUAUUCUCAUCUUUGUAAAAAUAAUGAAGACUGUAUGGUUCUCAAGAUUAUUAGGAGGAUUUUGAGAUGUUUGAAGGAAGAAUUCCUUGAAAGGGGACUGUUUAAACAGGUCUGUUUACUUUCCUUGAAAGGGAGCUCUUUCAAAAGAGGUCUGCUUGCUCAGCUGAAAUAGUGGCCCUGUGGGAUCAGGCUGAUAGGCCUAAUUACCAUUCUGAACCAGGUGAUAACAACAGGAGUUUGGAAAAGACCAUCAUUAAUUCCUCUAAAUGGAGAGGAGGAAGAAAAUCAAGGAAAACAUGAAAAGGGAUAAAAAAGUGUCUUGGGACAGGAUAAUCUAUAGCAAAAAGAUAUGUCCUAAUUUUACUAUAUUAAUACAACUGGAACUAAUUGCAGUAUAGAUAGAAAUAGGUAGAAAAUCAGCAUUGCUGGAGAACAGGAACUGAAGAAUGGGCUAUUCAGAAAAGCUGGAAGAUAAAGCUGAGAGAGGAUCACACUUGCAUUGUUAAUGAUGAGCCAGACUACAAAGAAGUAAGAAGGGAUCGUAUUCAAGAGAUUCUCAUGUGUUAGCAUUUGGAGAUCCAGUUAUUUGUCAGACUGGGAUUCACACAUGGCUGGAUGUCUUUGUAGUAUUAACAAAUACUGUAUUGAAUUGGUAAUCUCAGUUCAACCACAAGUUGGUUUGUAUCUGCAUUGAAUAUUUCAGGCUCUGAUUUUUAAUUUUUUUUUUUUAACUAACAAAAAAACUAAUAAAGUGUUGAAAAAUU